AUGACUCGUCUUGCAUUUCUUCUGCUCGCCCUCGUCGGUGUCAUCGCCGCUCAAGCUUCCAAUCAGACGGAGGACCCACUGAAGACGGAAACCGCCGAGGGUCACCGAAAUCGCCAUCAUCAUGAUCGAUCACACAGCAGUGAGCACCAUCGACACCGCCAUCACCACGAAUACGGCUAUGGACCUGGCUACUAUCAGCCACAAAUUCACGAUCGCUAUGUGUGCGACUUGGACGCCUCCGUGUUGCUUGUGUUGAGCCGAUCGCGCGGUGGACUCCACAAGGCGCAUCGAGUCAGAUGCUCUGACGUGGCCGCGGCCGACGAGGAUUCGUGCACGGUGUGCUGCCAGAAUGCGGCUCGACGAGACACCACACUCAAGAAUGAGGACAUCCAGGGAAUCGUCACCGACACCGAUGGCUAUGAGCACAAACACCACCAUGAAGAGGACAAACCAAAUGGACGCUACAAGCGAAGCGGUGGAUCGGGCAGUGGAGAGCAUCAUCACCGCCUCCGUGACUCGUUCCCCAAUGGAGACACUUUCCCAUGGAAGUACAGCGCGCCAAACUGGUUCAAGAACGUGAAGUGCUUGUGCUGUGCCCCACGACGCCACUACACUCCACAGGCUCCGACCCAGAUCGGCAACAUCCAGAUCCCAAUUCCGCAAUACUCUCAGCCACAGUACUCUCAGCCACAGUACUCUCCACCACAAUACUCGCCACCACAGUACAGCCCACCCCAGUACGCACCACCACAAUAUCAGCCACCAGCUCAGGCUCCACCAGCUCCCGUCUACCAACAGCCCACCUAUGUGCAGCCGGUUGCCCAAUCGCCACCCGUCUAUCAGCCACAAUAUCAACAGCCCACCUACGACCAAUCCACCUACAAUCAACAGGCUGCUGCCCCUCCAUCGCCUCCUGUUGUCCCAGCGGCUGCCGCCCCCGUCUCUUCGUAC